CUAGCUAGCUAGCUAACCAGAUAGCUACAGCUGCCUAACUAGAUCACCUAUCUUAGCUAGCUAGUAGCUAACAUUCGUCCACGAACGUGUGGCUAUAUAAAUGAGUAAUACGAAAUUGGCUUGUUCGUGAAUGAUACAUUGUGCAUGUGAGCACCUGCUACCUAGCCCAAAUUAGUGAACACUUUCAAACUGGUUGAAUUAGCCAGGUAGUACUCCAUGUUAGCCGGCUAGCUAGCUAACCAAGUCGCGUCAGUUGUGAGAACAGCAUUUGGAGCGAGUCGAUCAUUUUAAAGUAACAAGCACACACUACAAAAACUUGAGAAGCUAUCGAUAUCACAUUAUCAUUAAUGACUAAUGUUGAUUGGCAUGACAGUGUCAGCAGAAAUGAGUCCACUCAGGACGGGUGGCGUCAUUGUAGGAAGGUGUGGGGAUUUCUGGAGCCUGUGGACAAUUUUGAACGUUGGACCGACCCUAGUAGUAUCAAUAGUACACAUCUGUCGCUAUAGCGAUUAGUGAAUUCGUGCAAAUGGUGACGUCUGGAUUAACAGUAGUUUGGGUAAAAUACCCGUAUAUUCUUCUCCUCUUUCCCUCCUUUGCAACAAUGUAUGUCUGUCUAUCCACCAACCCAGCCCUUCAUGUGCGCGCAGCUCAGUAAACCAAUGUAAUCUGCCUUUCUACUCCAAUUGAUCGCGUGCACCAUGACGCACCAGCUGUCGCCCAGCCCACUUGGGUUGAUCCUGGUUUCCUGAACGGGAGUCAUUUCCCUGAAAACCACUCACUGGCAAGCACUAUUGAUUUACCUCACUAGUCGAGCCAGGAAAGAGGUGACUGAAGGAGGGAGGCAUGGUUCUGCGGGAGUCCCCAUUCCCCAACUGCUUUGUGGAGGGCCUCCAUGCAGUGGGCUGGGGCCUCAUCCUGCCCUGCUUCUGGUUCCUGGACCGCCUCAUUGCCGUCUGCAUGUCCACCAGCCUGGAACGCACCCAGCGACACGAGCAGGAGUGUUAUCUCCACCCUCUCAAGGUCUUCUUCGGCUUCAUCCUCUUCCUCGCCCUCUUCCUGGUCACGGCUCCCCUGGCCUUCCUGGGGUUCCUGCUCUGGGCUCCCCUCCAAGCCGCCCGCAGGCCCUUCUCCUACCACCAGGAGCCCCCGUCAAGGCCAGCACCAGCCGAUGAGGGGGAGAGGAACCUGGGCUUUGAGGCAGGGGCCAACAAGGCCACUUUUGGCUUUGCCACUGCCAACCUGUGUCUGUUGCCAGACGGCAUUGCACGCUUCAACAACCUGGGGCACACGCAGCGCCGUGCCACCGCCAUCGGCCGGAGCAUCGUGCAGGGUGUGAACCGGCCACACAUCCGCAUCUUCGUGGACUCCCCCAGCAGCUGUGGCACCCUCAGCCCCUCCAGUAGCCUGCUCCCUGGCCCCUCCACCACCAGCCCUGUCUCAUACGGUGCUACAGACCCAGCCUUCCAGCCACCACCCCAGGCUCCUCCUACUGUGAAGGCCCAUUCAGACGAGGACCAAGCUGACGGAGCAGUCCCAACAACAACGACGCCCCCCAAGCCCAGUGACUCAAACUGUGUGGUGUACGUGCCCUGUGACGACACCGAGGACCCUUCCCCUUCUCCUGCCCCUGUCAUCAACACCAACCAGAACUCCAACCAGCAGGGCCGGAAGGGCCACAGGAACCCUCCGCGGGCUCUACACACUCAGGGGGUCGCCCAGCGCGGCCAGGCUGGGCAAGACGACGUGCCCUGGGAGGUGUCCUCUCUCUUCCCGGCCAACGUGGACAUCCUGUGUCUGGAGGAGGUGUUUGAUAAGAGGGCAGCUCUGAAGCUGACCAACACCCUGGGGCCCCUGUUCAACCACAUACUGUAUGAUGUAGGGGUGUACGCCUGGCAGCCUCCCGGCAGCUGCUCCUCCUUCAAGUUCUUCAACAGCGGCCUGUUCCUGGCCAGCCGUUACCCAGUGCUGGAGGCCCAGUACCACUGUUUCCCUAAUGGCCGGGGGGAGGAUGCCCUGGCUGCUAAAGGCCUGCUCUCUGCCAAGGUGCUAGUUGGCCAGAAUCAGAAAGAGAAGAAGCUGGUUGGAUAUUUUAACUGCACACACCUCCAUGCACCUGAAGGUGAAGGGGAGAUCCGCUGUGAGCAGCUCAACAUGAUCACCAAGUGGAUCCAGGAGUUCCAGGCCACCAAUAGCAAGCCUGAUGAGGUGGUCGUGUUUGACAUGCUUUCUGGGGAUUUCAACUUCGACAACUGCUCACCUGAUGACAGUCUAGAACAGAAGCACAGUCUGUUUGAGGAGUACAGAGACCCCUGCCGGGUCGGGCCUGGCCAGGAGAAGCCCUGGGUCAUUGGCACUUUGCUGGAACAGCCUACUCUGUAUCAUGAGGAUGUAAGGACCCCAGAGAAUCUUCAAAGGACCCUGGAGAGAGAGGAGGUGAGGAAGCAGUACAUCUCCUCUCCUGUGGCCCUGGACGGCUGUCCCCUGGUCUACCCUGAGUUGGGUCAGCCCUGGGUGGGGCGCCGCAUUGACUACAUCCUCUACAGAGAGAGCUCCAUCUCCAAGCACUGCCAAACUGAAAUCGAGGAGUUCACCUUUGUGACCCAGCUUGCUGGCCUCACCGACCACAUUCCAGUGGGCCUGAGGCUCAACGUGAUCCUUGACUCAGACAAUGCCCAGUCCGAAGAGUGACAACCCAAGCCUGAAAUCCUUUGGGGAGAAGGGAAAGACAUGUGCUUCAUCCCAAAUGGCACCCUAUUCCCUAUAUAGUGCACUACUUUUGACCAGAGCCCUAUGGGUGCCAUUUGGGAUGCAGUCAUCCACUAUGCACCACACACACCACACGGGUACAACAAUAACUUUACUUUGGACCGUUCAUUUUCACAGCAACAAUUACAAUGAAAAUGCCUAGGGGUUAUGGUGGGGGUGAGCUGGCCUGCAUCCUCAGUCAGAGAGAUUGGAUGUGCUUCCCAAAUGGCACCCUAUUCCCUAUAUAGUGCACUACUUUUGACCAGAGCCCAAUGGGAAAUAGGGUACAAUUUUGGACAGUACCAUUGUCUGGUAGCUGCUGGAUUAAAACCAAUAUUGAUUUGCUGAUGCUGUGUACAGAGACCAAAUCUAAGCUGAGUAAUAACAUGACUCACUGAGUUAUAUAUCCAUGUGGGCCUUUUCAGGUCAGGGGCAUUGAUAACUCAUUUUUAUACAGUCACAAUCUUACUUUUGGUAAAUUGUUGGUACUGAAAGUAAUAUUUUAUAUUUUUUCACUCUGAUUUCAUGAUAAUGACAGUGGAAAAUAAAUUAUCUCACUGAAAUGCACAAACUGUUUGUCUCUUACUGCCUAGAAUGGUGGUUAAAAUAUUUGAAGAAUAUUUGCUGGGUGGUGAUACUAUGAUGAAACCAAGAACAGUAACACAUAAUUUCAUAAAUAUGGAUACAUUCUGAAACCCUUAUAAGCAGUUGACUGUAUGGGUU